GACAUGGGACAAAACGAUAGGAGACCGGGCGCUGCUGCAGGCGAGAUUAAGUGCUCCAGCCCUAGGCGCGAGCUCAGUCAGGUUGGACGCAUGUGGAUAAGUCGUAUACCUGGACUGAAGUUUGUCAACAAGCCCAGUGUGGACCUUCUUUUAUUGGCUCAGCCCGUCAGCCAAUUAGAUCGUCGGCUGCAGCAGUGGUUGUCGGAGCACACGGCCAUCGGCCUGGCUGUCCAACUUUCUCCCCUGGCAGACCACGUGAGGGCAGAUGUACAGGCCCUCGCGCCCCGCGCCCUGCAGACCUGGUUCUUCCAGCUCGGUCUGCCCACCUUCCCUCCUGACGCCUUUGUGGACGCCGCCGCCUCCUCUCUACACCUUGUUGAUGUAGGUAUGACACGCUCCCUGGUCUCUAAGGUAACUGGAGACCUCCGUGUUCUUCCCCCACCUGCUCUAUUUGAAACAUCCUCCCACCUCCGGUUAUCUACAGAACCCGGGAAAUGA